AUGCUGAUUGAUGCCACUGGGCUCUUGGAGUCGGGACGACGUCCCAUGCUUGAGUUUCUUCUUUUCCUCUUUUAUGGGGCAAAUAAGGACGUUUUAGAAGGGUUGAUGAAUCCCGCGACACAACCCAAUGCGCAGCGUGUGACAUUGUCGGCGCAGCAGAUCACCGAUGCUGACGGUGUGGACCGCCGCUUCACAGAGGUUGUGCGCGCCUCUUUCCUUGAGGAGCACAGCAUCGAGCUGGCGAGCAGUGGCGGCGCUGCGGAUUGGAACUGCGCGCUUCACAGGAGGAGGCGCCAUGUUGCUGGUGAAAGUGGUAGUGGUAGUGGUGAUGGUGUAUGA